AUGCUGCGAUCAGGGGAAAAACUAAAAGAUAAGGACUAUGCUUCCAUAGUUACUCGACUACGGCCAUCAAAACAAUCUCUUCAUGGACAACGACCAAUCAAUACAUUAACUUCAAAGGAACUGUCUUCAAAGAGUCCAGCUACAAUACCACCACCAACGACAAAUUCUCCAGAUGUAUCCAAUAGAGACAAUAUUAAAGAUCAACUACAAGCUUCUCCAAAUGCUAAGAAAAGAUUGGAUUCAUUGAAAACCAUGCAGUCUCUUCUCGGAAAAGCAAACCCCAGUUCCCCCAGACACAGUACUAGGCUAACUGAUAGUAUCAUCCACUCACCACGAUAUUCAUUGUCAUCACUAUCGUCAUCAUCUUUGCUGCCAUCAUCAAGAAGAGUAGCACGAGAUUGUUUUGAAGAACCCAUCGAUCCACGUCUACUUGAAGUCCCACCCGAGUACAUAGCAUCAAUUGCAUUAAUAUCAUUCAGAUAUAAUAAAGAAACUCUUAGUCAUAAUUCGGUGAAAAAUCGAUAUUUCCUUAACGUAUCCAGAGAUAAUAAUUAUUUAUAUAUUACCAAUAAUACAGAAAUCUGUGAUAAAUGUUUCCUAAUUAGACAAAAACAUUUAAAAAGAUUAGCAUUUUCCAAUGAAUCAGUUGUGAUUGAAUUAAAUCAAAAUAGAGGAGUAAUAGUUGCCGUACAUCACAGUAACGACACCGCAUUUAGAGACUAUUUUAAUAGUCACCCAGUUUGGAAUGUAGACACCUCAAAAACAAUAAAAGAUGUUAAAGUUAUAGAAGACAGGAUUGAACGAGCCGUGAAUCCUUUCCGAAGUGCCAUAUUUGGAAAAGCAUCACGAACAACAAGAGCUAAAGCUAGAGAAAGUAUGGGUGGGGAUUCAGAAUUAACUCCAAUAGAGUUGGGUGAAGAUGAACCCAAUAGUAUAUUUCUUGAAGAUGAUUUCCAACCAUAUGAAGUUCCAGCUGAUUUUUCACCCGAUUUAAAAUAUGCAUUUGAUGAAACUAAAGUUUUUACAAUAGCUUAUUCCGAUUUCAAAACAUUAUAUAAUAAUGAUUGGGUAAAUGAUACAAUUAUAGAUUUUUUCAUUCAAUAUGAAAUUCAUCAGGCUCUUGAUUCAAAUAAAUUUCUUGAUCCAAAAGAUUUCCAUGCUUUUAAUUCAUUCUUUUUCACAAAAUUAAUGACUAAAUCAUCAACUGAUCCAACUCAAACUCCGGAUUAUUAUAAUAAUAUUAAAAGAUGGUUAACAAAAUUGGACUUGAUGAGUUUCCCAUACGUGAUAUUACCAAUUAAUGAAGGUGCACAUUGGUAUUGUUGUAUUAUUAGAGGAUUAGAUGAUUUAUUAGAAGCGGCAAUCAAAGAGAAAUCCAAGGAGGGUAUCAAAAAAGAAGAACACGAGCUGGUUAUCUUGAGUGACGGAACACCACCUGCGCGCCUGCCACCUUUAUCACAACAACAAGACCCAGAAUUUGAUUUUGAGUUUACACUGGACACUGAUUCAAAACAACAGGAAGGUAUUACUACACCCAAGUCAAAGCAACUAUUAAAAAGACCAUCCCGUCCAGCUACAAUUUAUGUAUUUGAUUCAUUAGCUUAUAAACGACACAAUAUUAAUAUUCCCAUUAAACGAUUCAUUAUCGACUAUUGUCAAGAUAAAUAUGGAGUAAACAUACGUAAGGAUCAAAUCAUAGUCAUUAAUGCAAAAGUUGCCCGACAAAAUAAUCUAAGUGAUUGUGGUAUACAUGUCAUUUAUAAUGUCAGGAAAUGGAUUAAUAAUAUUUCUGAAUGUGAACGGAUUUGGAGGAAACCACAAGCUCUGAAUAAUGAAGUACGUUCAUUUUUCAUUCCUGAGGAACGGAAAGGGAUGAGAAAGGAAUUGAUUAAGAUUUUGUUGGAUUUACAUGCACAACAACAACAACGACAAGAUAAGGAUGGACAUAAGAUCAGGAUUGAACACGAGGAAGACGAUGACGAUGUGAUUGAAAUUAGGGAGCAUACUCCUGUUCCUUCUGCAUUACCCCUACCCCCACUACCUUCACCACCACCUCCUCUUCCGCGUAUGCUAGUUACAGAAGCGGAGAUUCAAGAAGAUGUUCCAAUGUCAGACGCUCAAUCUAAGGACCGCAAUAUAAAAGAACCAGCAAUAUCGGUGACAGAAUCAGAUCCGAAAGAAAGGUCAUCUCGGAAAAUAGAAAACGAGGAAAAUGAUACAGGCAUGUCUCAAGAUCCAAAUGAAACGACGAAACCAGAAGCAGAUGCCGAUGGAGAUAUUUUCAUGACUCCGGAAGAAGGUCAAUCAAAUACUUCAAAGACCGGAUCUCCUCGAGAUGAUGAUAGUGAUGUGAUAAUGACUCCAACUGAUGAAUCGCAACAAAGUGAAGAAAUUGAUCAACGAGCCGAAAUUCUGGAUAUGCAAGAAAAGGAAACACCAAGUAGAAAGCAAGCUUCACCCGAGGAAGAGAUAGAUGAUGAAGUAGUUAUUGUAAAAGACAAAAGUCGAGCCAAAUAUGAAUUCAGACUGCUUGAUCCCCGAAUAAUCGACACCCCUGAUCAUUCUAUGGAAUAUGAAAGAUUCAAGAAUUCUCAUUUAAAUGAAUCAUUCCCCCUCGCAAUGAUUAUUCCUGAUAAUAUACUCCAAACUGUGAAUGAAUUAAUCCCAAAAUCAAACAUAAAUGUAUCUGAUGAAGUAAUAGAAUUAAUUGAAAGUUAUAUUGGAGCCGGCAAGGAAGCUUUUCAAUUCCAAAAACAGAAUUUUUUAAAGCAGUACCAAGAUAUUAUUGAGAAUGAAAAAGCAAUGGUGGAUUCGACGAGACCAAGUAAUCAGGAUUUCGAAAUUAGACCAUUUUUAGCUUCAGAUACGAUAGUUAGUGAGACCGAUAGUGAAGGGAUGGUGAUCAACCAAGAGGAGAAUGACGAACUGGAUGGGAUGAAGCAUCUGAUUUCAGAAAAUGCUCAUGGUGUUGCACAAUUAGCAAUUACUGAAAGUUCAACGAGAAAAUCAAAGUCUGAAGAAGGCAUUAAAACUCCAAAGAGGUUGCUUAUUCUGGAACCUUUUGAAAGUCCAAAGGAUAAGGGACUUGAUGAUGCUACACGACCUAAGGAGGUAAACUCGAAGUAUGAAACACUUGGCCCUGUAAGAAUUGAAAGAAGAAGUAGGGAAGAUGGAAAAGAGAAAGAUGUGAUCGAAAUAGAAAAUCCAAAUAUAUCCCCAGGAUCAAGAAGUCGUAAGAUUUCAACUGAUAACUCAACUCCAAAGGCAAAGCUUUCAAAAUCACCUUCAUGGUAUCGACCAAGAAACACUAAAAGCUCAUCCAAUAGUCCGAAAGCUAGCAAACAUUCACCACCACCAUUACCACCACCUCCAUCUCCACCACCACCGCCUACUCGUGGACGCAUUAAACAACAUCCCGAGGUUAUACAUAUAGACGGCUCACAAGAUGACCUGGUCCAAACUAAGGAUUCACAACAACCUAGGUCCACUUCCUCAUUGACUAAUCCAAUCAAUCUUGAAGAUGAAAUUAAUGGAAGGAAUCAAGAAACAGCAAUAUCAAAGAGUCAAUUAAAACGAAAUGAUCCGAAUCGACCAGUUAGAUCAACUCGAAAAGAAGUUAAAUAUUUAGAUACUAGACCCUAUAAAAGAUCGCCUACUCCUCCUGUUGUCCCGAAAAAAGAAACCCCCCCUGAAAGCAAACCUCAUGAGAUUGUUGAAAUUAUUGAUCCCGAACCUCCAAAAACAAAUAAUGAUAAACCUAGGAUAUCUGGACAUGAAACUCGAUCCAAGACUGGAGUAGUUAAUGAAAUCAAUUAUAAUCCAUCGAGAAAAAAUGGUGGAAGAAAAAAGGGAAAGAAACCUGAUAAGAAAGAACCGAUUGUCGUUAGUGAUGAUGAACGACCAUUACCACCACCUCCGGGUCCACCUCCUGGCCAACCUCUUGGUCCGCCACCUGGUCUGCCUCCACCUUCAUCCAGACUGGGAAGUACAGAAAGGAAGAAUCAAAAACCACCAAUUGGUUGGGCUAGGUUUCCUCUAGAAGACAAUUCGGUGGGUCCAAUUACAUCCGAAAUUAAUAAAGCAAACCGGUCACAUCUGGAAGACACGGUUGUUGAAGAUUCGCAUGGUGGUGGUAGUAGUAGUAGUAGUAGUAGUAGUAGUGGUGGUGGUGGUGGUAGUAGUAGUGGUGGUGAUGACAAAUAUGAUGAUGAUGAUUUAGCGACAAAUAUCUUAAAGAGAAAACUAGAUGAUCAUGAUCGAGGUGUAAGUAAUGAAGGAGGUUCUUCUUCUCCUCGAUUACCUCGUGACAGAGAUUAUAUUGCACAGGGACGGUCUAGUUCUACAGAACGGGAUUAUUUUUCUGUGAACAUUAAGUAUGCAAAAAGUAAACUGGAUAAAGAUCAGGCGUAUAAGAAAAGGAAGCAUCAAUAG